AUGUCGAACCUCACAGUGAUCGCCAGCAACGUCAACAAGACCCCUCUCCACCCCGGUGGUGUCGCUCCUCACCUGGAGCACACUGAGCUCGAGGAGGAGCUUCACGAGACCGCUCACAUUGACUACAACCGCGUUGCCAUUAUCCCCAACCCCUCCGUUCCGGCUCUAUUCAAGGUGUAUGAGACUGGUUCUGCCAUCACAUCAAGUGGUGCCCUUACCGCCUACUCUGGAAAGAAGACUGGCCGCUCUCCAUUGGACAAGCGAAUUGUUGAAGAGGACAGCUCCAAGAACGACAUCUGGUGGGGUCCCGUCAACAAGCCCAUGUCUCCCGAGGUCUGGAAAAUCAACCGUGAGCGUGCCAUUGACUACCUCAACACAAGAAAUCGUAUCUACGUCGUCGACGGUUACGCUGGCUGGGACGAAAAGUACCGCAUCCGUGUCCGUGUCAUUUGCGCCCGCGCCUACCAUGCUCUGUUCAUGAGGAACAUGCUCAUCCGCCCUCCUCGUGAGGAGCUGGAGCACUUCCAUCCCGACUACACCAUCUACAAUGCUGGUUCUUUCCCCGCCAACAGAUACACCGAAGGCAUGACCUCUGGUACCUCCGUUGCCAUCAACUUCGCCGAGAAGGAGAUGGUUAUCCUCGGUACCGAGUACGCCGGUGAGAUGAAGAAGGGUGUCUUCACUGUUCUCUUCUACGAGAUGCCCAUCAAGCACAAUGUGCUUACUCUUCACUCUUCCGCCAACGAGGGCAAGAACGGCGACGUUACCCUCUUCUUCGGUCUCUCCGGCACCGGUAAGACCACGCUGUCUGCUGACCCUCAGCGUGCUCUGAUCGGUGACGAUGAGCACUGCUGGAGCGACCGUGGUGUCUUCAACAUUGAAGGUGGUUGCUACGCCAAGACCAUUGGCCUGUCGGCCGAGAAGGAGCCCGAUAUCUUCGGGGCUAUUCGCUUCGGCUCUGUACUCGAGAACGUUGUUUUCGAUCCCGAGACCCGUGUUGUUGACUACGACGACUGCACUCUGACCGAGAACACUCGCUGCGCCUACCCCAUUGAGUACAUCAACAACGCCAAGAUUCCCUGCAAGUCCGAUUCUCACCCUUCCAACAUUGUCCUCCUCACCUGCGAUGCCCGCGGUGUCCUGCCUCCCAUCUCCAAGCUGGACCGUGCCCAGACCAUGUUCCACUUCAUUUCUGGUUACACCUCCAAGAUGGCUGGAACCGAAGACGGUGUCACCGAGCCCCAGGCUACCUUCUCCUCCUGCUUCGCCCAGCCCUUCCUGGCUCUCCACCCCAUGCGCUAUGCCAAGAUGCUUGCGGACAAGAUCGAGCACCACAACGCCAACGCCUGGCUCCUCAACACUGGUUGGGUCGGUGCCGGUGCUGCCCAGGGCGGCAAGCGUUGCCCCCUCAAGUACACUCGCGCUAUCCUCGAUGCCAUCCACUCCGGCGAGCUCGCCAACGUUGAGUACGAGACUUACGAGACCUUCAACCUGCAGGUUCCCAAGACCUGCCCUGGUGUUCCCUCUGAGCUCCUCAACCCCAAGGCUGCCUGGACCGCUGGCGGUGAAAGCUUCCAGACUGAGGUCAAGAAGCUUGGUGUUCUCUUCAACGAGAACUUCAAGAAGUACGCGAGCGAGGCGACUGAGGAGGUCGUCAAGGCUGGCCCCGUCGUUUAA